UCUCUGCUUUAAUUACAUUUGGAUUGAGUAUAAAAGCAGCAAAAAGUUAUUCUUUUUUUUUUAAUUUUUUCUUGGGAGAAGUGACAUGAAUUUCUGGACCUUGGGUCAGUGGUGUGAUGAACUGCAGAGAAUUGUGUUCUGAUUCCUUCAAAGAGUGUAGUUUUCUUGGAAUUACCCAUAUUAGAGAAUUGGGUUUUUUUUCUUUUUGUUUUUCCAAGAGAUUUUGUUGUUCUUGAUUUGUGUUGUUGUGUUAAGAUGAGGGUUGUUUCUUGAUGAAGCAAAGCAAGGUGAGAAGGGUGUUAUCCAGCAAGAUUCAUUGCCCAUUUAUCUGUUUCUGCAAACCCUCUGCUGCUGCUGCUCAUCACCACCUUUACACCACCCACCCCCAUUUGAAGGUGAAAAAUACCCAUACUGUCCCUGCUUCUGCUGCUAUCAGAGAUGGGUCUGGGCAGUUGUGUGGAGAGGGCAAAGAUGUCAAAGAAGUGAGGGUAGAUGGGAGGCAAGAAGGUGAGAGUGGUGGCAUUAGGAGCUGCAUUAGAAAAUCACCCCCAGAGGAGAUUGAAAGGAAGAGGGUACAAUGGGUGGAUGAUCUAGGUCAAGAACUUGCUGAGAUCAAGGAGUUUGAAUCAAGUGAAACAGGUGAGACCGAAAACGAAGAGGAAAACAGAAGAAGCUGUCAUCUUUGCUUCAUUCUUUGAUGAUGCUAAACAUUAACAAGAUCCUUCUGGCUUUAGCACCCUCGAUUGGCUUUAGCACUGCCCUGAAUAAUGAAAUGUUCUUGACAGCAAAUGGUUGAGGAGCCGGAGAGGGUGGUCGAGAGCAGCCAUACCGGUGGGUGGGUGGGUAGAUUUCUUCGUUUUUCGCUUCAAUCUCCAUGUUGGCUGCCUGAUUCACAUCAGGAAUCUGAUCCCUGGCUUUACUGGUAAUAUAAUUGUAGAUAAAUUAUUCUCAACUUCAAUUCAGAGCCAUAAUCCUCAUGCUUUUUAGCUGCCUGCAUUUUUCCCAAUUUCUGCAACUUUCUUGCUCAAUGUAAAUUAGGUGAUUAGUUAACAGCAUGAAGCAAUCUUUGGGUGUAACUGGACUUCAUUGUUUCACUCAAAAUAAAAUGUCUCCUCAUCUCUUCAUUAA